AAGCAAUAAAGAAGACAUUUCUCAUUUCUCAAUCGUCGUUGCGUUUCCCGAAUCCUCUCUCUCUCUCUCUCUGUACACUCACACCUCGCGCCCGAUUAAUUCGUAUUCAAUUUGUGUAGUAUUGUUGAAUUGUUGUGUCAUCGGUUGGGGCGAGGGAUUUCGGAGUGUCAGUGGUUUUUGUUUGUGAAUUGCUGUGGUUUAAUAGCUAUUUUUUGGGGGUUUAUUGAAUCCUUUGUUUUGAUCGUCGAGUGAUGGAGUCGCCGGAGAGGGGGAGGCCGGUGAUCGGAAUCGCACUGGAAUUUCCGGUGAGCGACGGUGUUUUGUCGUGCUCGCCGCCGACUAUUCCGUCGUGGCUCCGUAGGCGUCUAUCAGAGCCGAAGACACCGACGCCUUCUACAGUUGAGGAAAUUGAGGCCAAACUUCGCGAUGCUGAUCUUAGGCGACAGAAGUUCUACGAGAAUUUAGCAAGUAAAGCUAGGCCAAAGGUCCGAAGCCCUUCACGAUCUUCAUCUACUGAAGAUGAUCUUGGGCAGCGUCUUGAGGCUAAGCUUUUAGCUGCUGAAGAAAAAAGGUUGAGCAUCCUCGCAAAUGCUCAGAUGCGCUUAGCAAAACUUGAUGAAUUGAGGCAAGCUGCUAAAAAUCAGGUCGAAAUGCGCUUCAAGAAGGAACGUGCUGAGUUGGGUUCAAAGGUUGAAAUGCGUGUUCAACAAGCAGAGGCUAAUAGACUGCUUAUCCUUCGGGCUAAUCGGCAAAGGAGGGCCACUCUGAGGGAGAGGACAUCUCAGUCUCUAAUGAGGCGAGUAUCUCGUGAGAGCAAGUAUAAAGAGCGGGUUCGUGCUGCAAUGUGCCAAAAGCGUGCAGAGGCUGAGAAAAAGCGUUUGAGUUUACUAGAAGCCGAGAAGAGGCGAGCUCAUGCUAGAGGCUUAAAGGUGCAAACUGUGGCUAGUUCUGUUUCUCACCAGCGAGAGAUCGAGAGAAGCGAAUUGAAGAAUAAGCUGGAAGACAAAUUGCAAAAGGCAAGGCGGUUGAGAGCAGAGUAUUUAAAGCAGAGAGGAAGACAGUAUAAUGCUUAUCUCUGUAGUUGGGAAACCAUUAAUGAGCAGGCUGACAUCCUUGCCAAAAAAUUACCAAGGUGCUGGAGGAAUUUCAAAAAUCUGAGAAAGACGACUGCAUAUCUUUCAAAAGCUUAUGGUGACUUGAAUAUUAAUGAGAGAUCAGUGAAGUCUAUGCCAUUUGAGCAGUUUGCGCUUCUUAUUCAGUCACAUGACACUCUUCAGACAGCUAAAGCUUUGCUAGACCGUCUUGAGAUUCGCCAUAGAUUAUCCCAAUGCUCUGCUAACCGAUCUAGUUUCGAUGACAUUGAUCACCUUCUCAAGCGGGUGGCUUCCCCUCAGAAGAAACAAGUGUCCAGAAAAUUUGGCUCGAGCAGAAUGCAAAAAGAGACUGCAAAAAGUACUCCUCACAUGUCAAGGUACCAAGUGAGAGUUGUUCUCUGUGCCUACAUGAUUUUAGGGCAUCCUGACGCUGUCAUUAGUGGCCGAGGAGAGCGUGAGACAGCUUUGGUCAAUUCUGCUAAGAAAUUUGUGGAGGAGUUUGACUUGCUGAUGAAGAUACUGCUAAAUGGGCCAAUGCAGAUUCCUCAGGAAUCUGACUGCACAGCAUUGUCUCGCAGGACUUUCAGAUUGCAGCUUGCAGCCUUCGAUUCUGCAUGGUGCUCCUUUCUGAAUAGCUUUGUGGUAUGGAAGGCCAAGGAUGCUAGAUCUCUAGAGGAGGAUUUAGUGAGGGCUGCUUGUCGUCUUGAAGUUUCUAUGAUCCAGACUUGCAAGAUGACCCCUGAAGGGAGUAGUGCUCCUCUCUCUCAUGACAUGAGAGCUAUCCAGAAACAGGUAUCUGAAGAUCAGAAACUAUUGAGAGAGAAAGUGCAACACCUGAGUGGAGAUGCUGGUAUUGAACGCAUGGAAACUGCAAUUUCUGAUACCCGAACCAAGUUUUUUGAAGCAAGGGAGAACCAGAGCCCAAUUUCUCCACCUACUCCAAUUAUGUUAUACCCAGGUCCAGUUUCCUCUUCUUCUCGUGACAAAGCUGGUAAUUUUGUUGUGGCCCCACGUAAGGAAAGCUCUGUGGUGCGGUCAUUGUUCAAGGAUGAUGUUGAUGCCGUGGAGGCCGGUUCCUCUUUGUUAAAACAUAGAACUUCAUCAAGUUCUAGAGGGAGCUUAGACAUGGAGAAUGCUAGGAUUGUCAAUGAAUAUGUUCAUGGGGCACAUCUUGCUUUCACUGAUAGCUUCAGUGAUGCUGGUGAAGAUCAUAUUGUGUCAAAUAUAAAAGAGACAAUGGAGAAGGCCUUCUGGGAUGGCAUCAUGGAAUCAGUGAGACAGGAUGAGCCUAACUAUAGCCGCAUAGUGGAAUUGAUGGGAGAGGUGAGGGACGAGAUUUGUGCAAUGGCCCCUCAUACCUGGAGACAAGAAAUAAUCGAGGUUAUUGACCUGGAAAUUCUUACUCAGGUGCUGAAUUCAGGAAAAUUAGACAUCACUUAUUUUGGGAAGAUCCUGGACUAUGCUCUGAUCACUCUGCGAAAGCUAUCUGCUCCAGCUUAUGAAGAUGAACUGAAUAAAAAACAUCAGAAGUUUAUGAAAGAUCUAGCAGAGACUUUCUGGGCUGGAAAGAACUCAGAGAACUCGCAUAUCAUGGCCUUAAUUAAGGGCUUACGGUUUGCCCUGGAACAGAUAAAGGAUCUCAAGCAUGAAAUCAGCAUAGCACGCAUUCAACUGUUGGAGCCAGUCUUGAAGGGACCUGAAGCUUUAUAUUAUAUUGGAAGAGCUUUCACCAGUCGUUAUGGUCAGCCUACCAAUGCCCGGUCUGCUUUGCCCUUGACUGCUAGAUGGCUUUCAUCUACAAGACAAGGUAAAGAUGAGGAGUGGGAUGAGCACGAGAGUCUGGUCUCAGAGUUGAGAAGGCGACAUGAGGUUUUGCCAAGUUAUCUUCCUUCAACCACUCUUCGAACAGGUGGCAGUGCUUUAAUCAAAGCAGGAGAACAGACUGAUAAAUCUUCAACCUCAAAAACUACCGGUUUUAUAGAGACCAUUGAUCCCUGUUUAGAAUGCAAAGGAGAGGAUAUUGAUUUGACGGUGAGGCUAGGCUUGCUGAAACUGGUAAGCAGGAUUACUGGUUUGGCCGAAGGAGAGCUACCAGAAACUAUGUCUCUUAACUUCUCCAGACUGAGAAGUGUGCAGUCCCAAAUUCAAAAAAUCAUUGUGAUGUCUACGAGCCUUCUUGUCCUGCGACAGACUCUUUUGACUAAGCAAAUAGUCAGCAGCCAGACACACAUGGACACCCUACUCUCGGGCUGUGUUAAACGCCUCUCUCAAUGUCUGGACGUCGCAGACGCUGGUAUCCAAGAAAUAGUUGAAAUACUCGGCUCUGCUGUGGAGGAAGAUGCCAAAUCUGCGGACAUGAAGCAGAUAAUGGCAAGGAUGUUGAGCAAGAGCCUGCAAGAGGGCGAUGCUAUCUUCACCAAGGUUUCUCGAGCUGUAUAUUUAGCUGCAAGAGGAGUCGUCCUUGGCGGAACUGGGAAACCGGGUGCAGAACUAGCAGAAAUGGCACUGCAGAAAGUGGGGGCAUCCUUGCUUGUGGAUGACGUCGUGCAAGCCGCUUCUGUGCUACUGGUGGCAGCCAAGGUGUCUGUUAUUGUUCAUGGCCCUUAUUAUGCGAAUUUGGCACAAGAAUGAACCCUCUACAUGUGUGUUGUGUAUAUUAGUAUUGUAUCUCUUGAUGGUUUAGUUGCUAUGUACAGGUUAGUGCUAUUUGUAGAAAAAUUUAUGGACUGGAGUCGGUGGAAAAUGUGUAUAGUAUUUGUAUAGUAUGUUGGUUGAUCAUGAAUGAAUAACAAAUACUCUAUUUGAUGUAA